AUGGAUAAGUGGAUGAAACUUUUCCUUCUUGGUGCUGGCUCUUACGGCAAUGUCUAUUAUGCGGUGAAGUUCCAUUCUUCUUCUUUAUCUGCUGAAGUUGCUGCUGUUAAGUGUUCAGAUUAUCACCGUACGAAUUCACUUGAACUUGAAGCGAAAAUCUUGACAACUCUCAAAGGCUGUCCAAACGUGAUCCAGUCCUUUGAAUCAUCCGUCAGCAUGGCUAAUGGUAUUCCAACUUACAAUCUGUUUCUUGAAUAUGCAUGUGGUGGAUCGCUCCAUGAUUUGAUCAUCAAUUCGAAGAAAGGGAUGAUGAAGAUGUCAGAAUUGGAAGUAGGUUUCUACGCAUAUCAACUCUUGAAUGGUAUUCAACAUGUUCAUAAGAAAGGGUGGAUUCAUUGUGAUAUUAAACCUGCUAAUAUUUUAGUUUUCGACAAUGAACGUGGUGGGAUGCACAAAUUGAAGCUGGCCGACUUUGGAUUAUCAUUGAGAGUUGAUGAUGGGAUGGCAUAUAUGACUGGACGUCCAUUGAGCAAUCGCGGGACUCUACUUUAUGCGCCUCAAGAAUCUUUGACGUGUGGUUAUCAUUCCAAAGCUUAUGAUAUAUGGUCGAUAGGGUGCACAGUGGCGGAGAUGAUGACUGGGAGUCGCGUUUGGAAUAGUCGCGGUACAAAGGAAUAUUUGGAGUGGCAGAUUAUGAAUAAAUAUCCCGUGAUUCCGAGUAUUGUUUCUGAGAAUGCCAAAGAUUUUUUGCACAGGUGUUUCAUAAGGGAUCCUCUAAGAAGAUGGACGUCGGAACAGCUAAUGUAA